UAGUAGCUGGCGUUGGCCCGCGGGUGGGAAGCGAGCUUUUUCCCUUUGGAGGCCUGGGGUCCCGCAGCCUCUACCCCACCUGUCCUGGCCCGGCGCUGCCCAGCGCGUCCGUGCCUCCGUUAUGGAUCUGAAUUUAAACCGAGCGGAUUAUUUACAGGUGGGAGUGACCUCUCAGAAGACUAUGAAGCUGCUUCCUGCUUCAAGAUAUAGAGCCACACAAAAGGUGGUUGUUGGAGAUCAUGAUGGAGUAGUUAUGUGCUUUGGCAUGAAGAAGGGAGAAGCAGUGACAGUCUUCAAGACUUUACCUGGGCAGAAGAUUGCAAGAUUGGAACUAGGAGGGGUUCUUAACACGCCCCAGGAGAAAAUUUUUAUUGCUGCAGGAUCUGAAAUUAGAGGCUUCACAAAGAGAGGAAAACAGUUUCUCUCUUUUGAAACAAACCUCACUGAAAGCAUUAAAGCUAUGCACAUAUCUGGCUCAGACCUUUUUCUCAGUGCAAGUUACAUCUAUAACCAUUAUUGUGACUGCAAAGACCAACAUUAUUACCUUUCUGGAGACAAAAUCAAUGACGUCAUCUGCCUUCCAGUGGAAAGAGUACUUCGUGAUGUACCAGUGUUGGCCUGCCAGGACAGAGUACUCAGAGUUUUACAGGGAUCUGAUGUGAUGUAUGAAAUUGAAGUUCCUGGCCCACCUACUGUUUUAGCCCUACAUAAUGGAAAUGGCGGUGACUCUGGAGAAGACCUUUUGUAUGGAACGUCAGAUGGAAAACUUGGGCUUAUUCAGAUCACUACAUCCAAACCAAUACACAAGUGGGAAAUGCGAAAUGAGAAAAAGAGAGGAGGUAUUUUGUGUAUUGACAGCUUUGACAUUGUGGGUGAUGGGGUUAAAGAUUUACUUGUUGGAAGAGAUGAUGGAAUGGUGGAAGUGUAUAGUUUUGAUAAUGCAAAUGAGCCUGUUCUACGAUUUGAUCAGACAUUGUCUGAGAGUGUCACAUCUAUCCAGGGUGGUUGUGUAGGGAAAGAUGGCUAUGAUGAAAUCGUGGUAUCCACAUAUUCAGGCUGGGUUACAGGUCUGACAACAGAGCCUAUUCAUAAGGAAAGUGGACCAGGAGAAGAACUAAAAAUUAAUCAGGAGAUGCAGAAUAAAAUUUCUUCUUUACGGAGUGAGUUGGAACAUCUGCAAUAUAAGGUACUACAGGAAAGAGAGAAAUAUCAACAGUCUUCUCAGUCAAGCAAAGCAAAAUCAGCAGUACCUUCAUUUAGUGUAAAUGACAAGUUUACAUUAAAUAAAGAUGAUGCCAGCUACAGCCUUAUCUUAGAGGUGCAGACAGCGAUAGAUAAUGUCUUAAUACAGAGUGAUGUUCCAAUAGAUUUACUAGAUGUGGAUAAAAAUUCUGCUGUUGUCAGCUUUAGCAGCUGUGAUUCUGAGUCAAAUGACAACUUUCUUCUCGCCACUUAUCGGUGCCAGGCAAAUACCACAAGGCUGGAACUCAAGAUUCGCUCAAUUGAAGGCCAGUAUGGCACACUUCAAGCAUAUGUGACUCCAAGAAUUCAACCCAAAACAUGUCAGGUCCGCCAGUACCUUAUCAAACCCCUUUCACUCCAUCAAAGAACUCACUUUAUUGAUCAUGACAGACCCAUGAAUACACUGACUUUGACAGGCCAGUUCAGUUUUGCUGAACUUCACUCCUGGGUGGUUUUUUGCCUGCCUGAAGUUCCUGAAAAACCUCCAGCAGGAGAAUGUGUGACAUUUUACUUUCAGAACACCUUCCUGGAUACACAACUUGAAAGUACCUACAGAAAAGGUGAAGGAGUUUUUAAAUCUGACAACAUUUCUACUAUAUCCAUCCUAAAAGAUGUGCUCUCUAAAGAAGCUACAAAAAGGAAAAUUAACCUCAACAUAUCAUACGAGAUAAAUGAAAUAUCAGUCAAACACACAUUAAAGCUAAUCCACCCAAAGCUGGAGUACCAGUUGCUUUUGGCUAAGAAAGUGCAAUUAAUUGAUGCUUUAAAAGAAUUGCAGGUUCAUGAGGGAAACACAAACUUUCUGAUACCAGAAUAUCGCUGUAUCCUAGAAGAGGCAGAUCACCUACAGGAAGAAUACAAAAAGCAACCUGCACAUCUUGAAAGACUCUAUGGCAUGAUCACCGAUCUUUUCAUAGAUAAGUUCAAAUUCAAAGGCACCAAUGUAAAAACCAAAGUGCCUCUUUUACUGGAGAUUCUGGACAGUUAUGACCAAAAUGCAUUGAUUGCUUUCUUUGAUGCUGCAUGAAAUAUAAAUAAGGUAAAGUUCCAAAGAAGUUGUAUGUUUAAAUGAAAAAUGUUAAAACAGAAUUGCAAGCUAACUGUAUAUACUUUUAUUUC